AAAAAGAAAUAGAAGAAGAAGAGUGAACUUUAUCAUAUAUUUAUGGAACUUUAUUUCUCUGUUUAAUUUAUUGAAGCAAUGGAUCGCCAAACCACUGCCGUCCGUCCUGAACACCGAUUUGACACAAAUAACUUGAAAAGAUAUCUGUCAGCGAAACUUGACAACUUUUCAGGCACUAUAACUGUGCAACAGUACAGGGCUGGUCAAUCCAACCCAACGUUUUACAUUGAGGCUGCAGACAAGCGUUAUGUGCUCCGAAAGAAACCUCCUGGACAACUGCUGCCUGGAGCUCAUAAGAUAGAUAGAGAGUAUGCUGUUCAAAAGUCUUUACAUUCCGUUGGCUUUCCUGUUCCCUGCCCUGUGUUAUACUGCGCAGAUACUGGUGUCAUUGGCACAGAGUUUUACAUCAUGGAGCAUGUACAGGGACGGAUUUUCAGGGACCUGAGCCUCCCAGAGGUCAGUGUGGCAGAGCGCACAGCACUAUAUGUGGCUGCAGUGGAGACGCUAGCCAAGCUUCACUCUCUUGAUGUUAAAGCACUUGGCCUCCUGGGGUACGGGAAGGGAGCAGGUUAUUGUAAGAGACAGGUGUCCACAUGGACAAAGCAGUAUAAAGCCUCUGCCCACAAAGAAAUUCCAGCCAUGGGUAAACUCUCUGAUUGGCUGAGCAACAACUUGCCAGUCAGUGAUUAUGAAGUGUCUCUUGUUCAUGGUGAUUUCCGAAUUGACAACCUGAUAUUUCACCCUACAGAGGCUCGUGUGCUAGCUUUGCUGGACUGGGAACUAUCCACUACUGGACAUCCAAUAGCAGACUUGGCUUAUUUCCUCAUGCCACACUACUGGCCCAGCCACCACAAAGUCAUCAGCACAAUGAGUGGAGUCACAGGAGUGGACGGAAUUCCUUCACCAGAUGACCUCUGCUCUAUUUACUGCUCUUGUCGAGGGAUCCCAAAAUCUCUUCCUCAACAAAACUUUUUUGUUGCCAUGGCCAUUUUCAAAAUGGCUGCAAUUGCACAGGGAAUUUAUGCAAGGCAUCUAUUGGGCAAUGCCAGUUCUGUUGAUGCAGCUGAGUUUGGAGAGAGUGUGGAGCCAUUAGCUGAGCUGGGUUUACAGAUCGCCCUCAGCCCCACGCUGGCCCUACCAAUCUCUGAUCAGCUGUUUAUGCAGUCCUCCAAAGGACAGGCCGUUCUUCAGCAUGUCAAAAGGUUCAUGAGAAAGCAUGUACUUCCUGCCGAACAGGAAGUAAAGGAGUAUUAUGCCACACACAAGGACACAGCUGAGAGAUGGUGUACACCCCCUGUGAUAGAGAAGUUGAAGGCAAAGGCUCGAGCUGUAGGCCUGUGGAAUUUGUUUCUUCCUGAAGUGAGUGGUCUCUCUCAGCUGGAUUAUGCUUAUAUUGCAGAGGAGACUGGACACUGCUAUUAUGCCCCUGAGGUUUUUAACUGCCAGGCCCCAGAUACUGGGAAUAUGGAAGUGCUGCACCUGUUUGGGACUGAGGAACAGAAGAGAAUGUGGCUGGAGCCCUUACUUAGAGGAGACAUACGGUCCUGUUUCUGUAUGACAGAGCCAGAUGUUGCUUCAAGUGAUGCCACAAACAUGGAGUGCACCAUGCACAGGGACAAAGACGAUUUUAUCAUUAAUGGAAAAAAAUGGUGGAGCAGUGGUGCUGGUAACCCUAAGUGUGAGAUUGCCAUAGUUAUGUGCAGGAGCAAGGCAAUGGACUCAAAUAAUAAAAGGCAUGGGGUGCACACCAUGAUUCUGGUCCCUAUGAACACACCAGGAGUAAAGAAAAUAAGGCCACUUACUGUUUUUGGACAGGACGAUGCGAUCCAUGGUGGCCAUUUUGAGAUCCACUUCGACAAUGUGAGAGUUCCUGCUUCCAACAUUAUCCUUGGUGAGGGGCGGGGUUUUGAGAUAGCUCAGAAACGGCUGGGGCCUGGUAGACUUCACCACUGCAUGAGGGCAGUAGGGCUGGCAGAAUGUGCACUGGAGCUGCUCUGCCAUCGAUCAGCCCAAAGACAAACCUUUGGAAAAAGACUGUACCAACAUGAGGUGGUUGCUCAUUGGAUAGCCGAGUGUCGAAUCACAAUUGCACAGACGCGUCUUUUAACACUACAUGCUGCUCACACACUUGACACAAAGGGCAACAAGGCUGCAAGGAAACAGAUUGCUAUGAUAAAAGUGGCAGCUGGAAGGAUGGCAUGUAAGGUGGUGGACUGUGCCAUUCAGGUUUACGGGGGAGCAGGAGUGUCUGAUGACUUCCCACUUGCAGAAAUGUAUGCUUAUGCACGGACUCUACGCAUAGCUGAUGGCCCUGAUGAGGUUCACUUGUCCUCCAUUGCUCUCCAGGAGCUCAGAGACCAACAGAAACGAGCCCAAGCUAAACUCUGAUUCUUAAAUCUGCCAACACCUCUCAGUUAUUUACAGAAAAUUAGGAAAUUAAGGAAUUAGGAAAAAUACUAUUAAAUUACACAAUUUAAGUACAUAAUACAAAAUGUUUAGAAAAUUUGUCUCUUUAGUUGAAAUGUGACUACUGUAAGACGUGUAAUUUUAUCAAAUUAGUGAUGCAGUAAAACUGUAUAGAUUUUCUCUUCAUUUAUUGUAAUGUCUUUAAAUGUGCAGAACUAAUGAUAACUCAUAAAUGUGUACAAUUACCUAAGAACACACUACUUUAUUAUGGAGAAGAACAACAAAUGAUUAGAUAAUUCAGCAGCAAAAUAAUCUUUUAGAUACACAAUACAUAAACCUUAAGUCAGGGGAAUAAAAGAUUAAGUGUAA